AUGGCGCGGAAGGUCGGCUUUGGAUCCAAGAAGCCACGCUCCACCGCAAAGCGGGAAGCGCAGAAGGCCCCAACCGUUCGAAUGCUGCCCAAAGCCAAGAGAGACUACAUCAUCGAUGACCGGCCCUCACAGCGAAGCAAACGCCGGAAGGUCCGCCCCAGCUCUCUGGCGAAGGGGAAGUACGAAGCCAUUCAAGGCACACGGGUUCAGCCAGCUGCAGGCGGGAAGCACGUGCGAGUUGUCAUCCAGGAUGGCAGGACUUUUGACCCGAAAAAUGUCCGGGCAGCGAGGCGGCAUUUAAAGCAGCUGGCAUCGGAAGCGGAGGAGCUUGCCCGCAUCCACGGCACCAAGGACAAGGAAUUGCUGGCCAAGUCAGCAGCCGAAAUAUCAGCCAAAGCAGCUGACUACAAGGGCAGGUUGGCUGUCAAGGCAAAGCAGAAGCUCAUCAACAAGAAGCGCAAACGCAAGGGAUUUGCCCUCAGUCCGGUGCAUGUUGCCGAAUUACCACCUGCAUCACCAAGCAUUCAGAGCCUUCCGCACUGCAGCAACCUGGCCAAUCCAAGCACAGGAGCCAUUCACCCAGGCGGAAGCGUCUUCGACCUGAUACCCUUGCAAGUGUCCCAUGUUGCCCGUCCAGACCUUCCGAGUGCACAGCCGGAGGGUCCAUUGGCUAGGCAAACCUCCGGCCGCUCUGGGCCGUCCUGCGGCUCUCCACAAUUUGUGGCAGCCCAGCCGCGGCCGGUGCCGCCACCACUGACACUGGGCUACGCCAUGGGGCCCACGCUCUCUUCCCCAACGGCACCUGGCUCUCCAUCCUGGACCACGGUGACGACUCGCCGCAAGCAGACGCUGGAACCCAAGCCAGUUGUGGCCAAGCCAGUACCCGCGCCGCAACUUCAGAGGAUGAACACCACGGGGGAUGCAGCAGAUCUCUACUAUGCCCAGAAGGAGGCCUUUGUAAGGGGCUGGACGCACGAUGCCAAGCACACCCGAAGCGUCAAGCAGAAGAAGCGUGUGGAUUAUCAGGUAGAGAAGAGGCGACAACAAAGUGAACGCGACAGAGCAGCCAUGGCGGCUGACUACGGCGACUCAGACCACGACUGGAUGUCCGGCUUGGUGCAGGCUGUAACAAAGUGGCGUCCCCGCGCCCACCAGAAAACACAGUUGGUACUGAUGCAUAGAGCGCGUGUGCAAAAGAUCGCUGCCACGGGGCCGGCGCCGGCUCCAGCUGCGGCGCCGUCACCGGCACCGGCGCCCCUGACGGCCGCCGACGUGGCACCGGAGCUCGAGAAGUCGCUGUUGCGGGCCAAGAAGCAUGCGGCUUACCGGGGCAAUUUUACGUAUGCAGAUGCUUCAGAAGGAUGGGCAGUUGCUGCCCAGGAAGCUGCCAAGGUGUUCCGUGCUGCCAUGCUCGUGAAUGUGCAGAUGUGCAACCAGUUUCGUGCGACUCUAGGCAGCUGUUCCUUUGGAAAUAUGGGCGCUGGCGUGAAUCGCUUGCACCUCGAGGAAGUGCAGGCGCAAUUCGGUUUGCCCGCGAGCCGAUCGUCAGGAUCCAAGGCUGCGAGCUUUGCAAGUUCAUCCCAGAAGAACACCCCGACCCCGACAGCUGUGAAUCCGAGUCCCUCAAACGAUCCUGGAACUGGGCAAAGCGCACCAGGCGUGUUUGGCGACAGCAGGAACGAGCGCUGGCUAAACGAGGUGAAGUCUGCAGGUCGGAUAAAGCGAACGGUCACUUUCCCGGUUGGUGACUGGUUCCUGGGUGUUGGAGAUGGCGGCAUCGGCAGGGACAAGGACAAUCCUGCAGGUGGCGCACUGAUCAAGAAAGGUUCGUUGUCGGACUUUGACGAGAAUGACCGUCCUCCCCAGUGGGAGACCAUGACCUCCGCCACGCAAGACCAGGAUGAAGCUGCAUUCCUUGGAGAAGGUGCCUCCCAGACAAAGGUAGACAGGAAGGACGACAAGAAGGCCAUGUUGGGGAGCCUCGGCUUGGACCCAUCAAGUGACCAGUUUAAGCAGUCGCACGAGCCUCCGCCCGGUGGCUGGACCAACAAUGCAAGAGCCGGUGUGCAGCCAUUGCCAGAGAGAGGUUAUGGAGGAGAACUUCAGCUCCUGGAAGACCACAGGUCGCAGACUCUGACCUUCAGUGACCUGACAGAUAGUUCACGCUUCACCUGUCAGCAAAAU